AUGAGAAGUGGGAGGGAGCAGAGGGUGGGAAGAGGGAAUGGGAAGGGAGGGAUUGGACGUGGGAGGGGGAAUCAGGGAGAGGAGAGUGGGGGGGUAUCCGGGUGGGGAUGUGUCACGGGGCGGGGGCGGGCCGGGCCGCAGACACGUUGCAACGAGCAGCUCCCUGCCGCCUAUCAGCAGCCGCAGGAAGGGGAAGUCGCAUGUAAUGAGGUGGGGGGGGGUGGAGCUGGGAGUCCGCGGGCGCCGGACGGCUGGGGUCGGGUCGGGUCGAGAGAGGGAGGUGCGGGACCCCCGGGGGAGGGGGAGAGUUCCCCGGAAUCCCCAGGCUCGUGCACAAAGAGGAGGAGAUCCCUGCGCGCGUGCCCGAGAGGAGGGGGUUUCCCCCAGACGCGCGCGCUGGUUAAGAAGAAGGGGGUAACCCCGGGAUUCCACGGGUCGGGGGGGGGGGGGGGGUUGUUACCCCGGGAUUCCCCCGGGACGGCGCGGGUACGCGAGGCGCUGCUCCUCUGCUACUUCGUGGCGCUGCUGCAGCUGCGGAGAAUGUGGGGCGCCCGGUACCUGCGGAGCCCCCUCGCCCGCUCGCUGCUGCUCGACCCGCCGCCCUCGCACCGCCACGACCCCGGCCGCCUGCAGUGGUACUCAUGUGACACGGACUUGCUGCCAGAUCACCUGCGGCCACUCUUUGUGCAGAGCCACCUGGACGGGGAGACGGUGGCGUUCCUCCGGCAGAGUUCGGAGAAGUCCGGCUGGCUCCUGGUCCAGAUCUACCACUCCCUCGUCACCUCCGUCUUUGGAUUCUUCAUGUCCAAGACCUCCAUCAAUGGGUUGCUGGGGAGGGGGUCGAUGUUUGUGUUCUCUGAGGAGCAGUUGCUGGGCCUGUUGAGGGUGGGGCCGGAGUGGAAGACUGGCAGAGCCCUGGACCUGGGGGCCGGGGACGGGGAGGUCACCAAGAUCAUCGGCUCCCAUGUGGAGGAGGUCUACGUCACCGAGGUCUCCCCCACCAUGAAGUGGCAGCUGAGGAAGAAACACUACAGGGUGCUGGAGGUGGACGAGUGGCAGAGUGGCAGCCUGCAGUACGACCUGGUCAGCUGCCUCAACCUGCUGGACCGCUGCGACCAGCCGCUCACCCUGCUGCGGGACAUCCGCAACGUUCUGGAACCGCGCCAUGGGCUCCUCAUCCUCGCGGUGGUGCUGCCCUUCCAACCCUACGUGGAGAACGGCGGGCGCUGGGAGCGACCGGCGGAGUGGCUGCAUGUGACCGGGGAUACGUGGGAGGAGCAGGCGUGCAGCCUGAGCGAGGCGCUGGCUGGGGCCGGCUUCACCGUGGUCUCCUUCAGCCGCCUGCCCUACCUGUGCGAGGGGGAUCUGUACCGCGAGCACUACGUCCUGGACGACGCCGUCUUCGUGCUCGCCCCCGCCUGACGGGGGAGGGGGGGCACGGAUUCCCAGCCUGUAGCAUGGAUCCAACCCGACCUGAAACGUCGACCGUCCCUCUGCCUCCACAGACGCUGCACAAAUGGCCGCUGUGUUCCUGAGGAUGAGGCAGUUUGUCUCAUUCUCCAGGUUCCAGCACCUGCAGCCUCCGUGUAUACCUGCAACUGUGUGUGUGCAGAUGUGCACUAUAUGUCUGCAAUUGUAUGCAUGCAGAUGUGCACAACUUGUCUGCAAAUGUGUGUGUGUGUGUGUGUAGGUGUGCACACUAGGCAAUUGUGAGGAUGGGUGUGCACACACUAUGUCUGCAAUUGUGUGUGUGCAGAUGUGGCCAAUAUGUGCAAUUGUGAAUGUGAACAUGUACAAAUGCCUGUGCAAUUGUGCGUGCAUGUGUGCACAACAUCUGUGAUUGUGAUGAUGUGCAUAUGAACAUGUCAGUGCAAUUGUGAGCAUGCACACUUGUACGUUCACAAUUGCACGGACAUUGUGUGCAUAUUUGGUGCAAGUGUGCUUGUGUACCUCUGUGCAUUGUGCACAGUGAGUGUUUCUCUCUUCCCCCCCCGCCGCCACAGGUGGGAGGUGGGACUGGGUGGACCAGCCCAGCGGCCACUGUCAGCCCGGGAGGAGCUGGAGACUGCAGGGGAUGAGAGUGGAGACGGGGUGGGAUGGAUUCUCUCCUCCACCGCGUGCCUCCGUACAGUCGUUACUCUCACCUGGCCGCUGGCUGGCGGCGGUUUCCGCCCUGUUCCAGCUGCUGCUCGGCCACCAGAAUCAGCUGUGUGAUCCCACCGGCCUUAUGUUGGUGAUGAACGGUGAACGUCACCAUUUAAACCAUCUCAAUACAGACUGCACAAUUACACCAAUGGGAGCAAAAUUGAUAUUUUACAUUCCAAACAUGAAGUGUUUUAAUUUUGUAGAUUGCAUUUUAACUUGGAAAAGGCGUUAACUGAUGCCUAGGGUGUGUUUUCUUAAUCAGUGUUACAGGGCCUACAAUGACUGAAAUUAAAUAAAUAAACUUUCCUUACAUUUGA